AUUUUUGGACUGCAUGUGAACAGUCACAAUUGCGACAUAUACCCCGAAUUCAUUCUCCCUCUCUUUGCAGCAUCUGACAUGGCGUCCACAAAGAAGGUAGCAGAGAACAUGCUCUGGGGAGGCCGAUUCACGCAGGGCCUCGACCCCGUAAUGGAGCAGUACAAUGCCUCGCUCCCCUAUGACCGCCUUUUCUACGCCGAAGACAUCGCCGGCUCCAUCGCAUUUGCGCGCGCCAAUUUUAACAACGGAAUCCUGACCGAGGACGAAUUCGCUGCCAUUGAGAAGGGAUUCGCGCAGAUCAAGGAAGAGUGGGCAUCGAACACAUUUGAGAUCAAGGAGAACGAUGAGGAUAUCCACACAGCGAACGAGAGGAGGCUGAGCGAGAUCAUUGGGAAGGAGAUUGGAGGCAAGCUGCAUACGGGACGCAGCCGCAAUGAGCAGAUUGCGACGGAUAUGCGAUUGUGGCUGAGGGAGCAGUUGAGGAUACUGGAGGGGUAUUUGGCGCAGUUGGUUAAGACGAGUGUGCAGAGGGCGGAGGCGGAAAUUGAUGUGCUGAUGCCCGGCUAUACCCACCUCCAAAAGGCCCAACCCGUUCGUUGGUCCCACUGGCUCCUCUCACACGCAACCGCCUUCUCCUCCGAGCUCGAACGCCUCCGCGAAGUAAUCAAGCGCGUGAACCGCUCGCCGCUCGGUUGCGGCGCCCUCGCCGGCAACCCCUUCAACAUCGACCGCCAUGCCAUGGCCAAGGAGCUCGGCUUCGAAGGUCUGCUCCCCAACUCGCUCAACGCCGUCGGAGACCGCGAUUUCGUGUUUGAGACAAUGCAGUGGGGCUCCAGCUUUAUGCUCAAGAUCUCUCGAUGGGCUGAGGACCUGAUCAUCUACUCGAGUUUGGAGUUUGGCUUCGUGAGGCUUGCGGAUGCGUAUAGCACGGGAAGCAGUCUGAUGCCACAGAAGAAGAACGCCGACUCGCUCGAGCUGAUAAGGGGCAAGUCAGGGAGAGCGUUCGGGCAUAUGGCUGGUCUAUACUGCACGAUUAAAGGCCUCCCAACGACCUACAACAAGGACCUGCAAGAAUCGGUCGAGCCCCUCAUAGACCACAUUAAGACCGUCGGCGACUCGAUGCAGAUAGCUACCGGCGUCCUGUCAACGCUCACCAUCAACUCUGAGAAGAUGAGAGCCGCUCUCGCACCCGAAAUGCUCGCCACCGAGUUUGCAGACUAUCUUGUCCGAAAAGGCGUCCCAUUUCGAGAAGGCCACCACAUUUCCGGCCGCGUCGUCGCUCUCGCGGAGGAUGAGGGUGUACCCAUGGACAAGCUCAGCCUUGAGCAGUUGAAGGGCAUCGACUCUCGACUGGGAGACGAUGUGGUUGAGUGUCUGGACUACGAGCGCGCUGUCGAGCUCAAGAGCGCCACGGGAGGAACGAGCAAGAGCGCGGUCAUGGAGCAGAUCGAGCUCCUGAAGAAGCAACUUUGAGCAUCUUCCUAUGCGAGAGGAGUGUCAUGAGGAGGUUACUUUAGUAGACGCAGCGAACCUUCGGCGUUCCCGGUAUCAAAAGUUUUGUCGUUUGAUUGCCGUGUGUGGGAUAGGGGGAGCUUCCGGUCCCGAGUAGCGAGCGCUAUAAAUGUACGAAUACAUACCCUUCUAUCUUCCACGCAGUUCCACAAGCUUAGAGAGUUUGCGAGAGCGUGUAGUCACC